UGUCUCUCUCGCUCUCUCACUUCCUCGUUCAUUCUCCUGCUGCUCUUCUUCUUCUUCCUCCUCCACCACCACCUCCUCCUCCUCCUUCUUCUCCUCUUUUUUCCCCCCCUUACUCUAUUACGCAUAGCCUCGAGUAUUUAGUUCCAGUCCGAGUACGUCCGAGUGUUGACCUUAAAUGAGGAUGAUCGUAGUUCGUACGGUAUUGCGGUAUCGAUUCAGGUGUGCAAGGUCCAAGGAGUCAGGGGCACUGCUAGGGUGCUGUUGAAACGUGAUAGAGGGAAGGAAAGACCAAUGUGAAGGGUUGCUCGGAGUUUGUUGUCGUUGACGGAUUUCUAUUUCAGAUAUGGCAACUGUAUCAUGUCCCGGUGGUUGCGAGUCUGACGUCUCCUCCCUACGCCUUCUUGCAGGUUCAGAGACAAAUUCUAAUGAGAGCUGAAGAGGGAAGCAUCGUCACGACUAAUGCUGAAAAUCCUUCUAAAACUUCUGUCUCAGCUAUGAAUAAUUCACCGUAUUGGUCUGUCAGUUGCUCCACUGAAAUGCGAUAAGUACUCCUCUCAGUGGUUCCGGCGCUUCUAGCUGAGAAAGUGCCAGCGGAAGCAUCACUUUAUCCGGCAAAUGAGAAACUGAGGGUUUUGUGACCAUAUUAUGGAUCCUGUAACUCGUACAAAAACUUGGCGAAUCGUGCUUCCUGAGAAGGCUUUCUGUGGACAUCCGCUACCAUAUAUCAAGAGAAUGUUUUUAUUGUAGUAAGAACCUGAUUGCCGUUGUACUUAAUGCUUCCGAUCCUGUAAGACUGAAAUUAUGUCUGAGGAGCAUCUCGAGAUGGAAGUUUUGAGAGUCAUCUCAACCGGACGCUUUAUGAUUGGUGGGAUGCAACUAGAGACGUUUACCUCGAAGUAGCUUCCAGAAAAUAUUAUCGGGGCGCUUUAGUUUGCUUACAUCUCGGAGGCGCUCAGCGAAUUUUCGAGCUUGUACAAAGGAAGUGAACUGUGUGGUUAUGGGCGUACGAGCUAUUUCUCAACCUUGAACAUACUCUACGCUUUUGGGCUUCGACAGUGAUACAGAGCAGACUGUUCUAACGCGUAAAGACGCUUCUUUGAUGAAGGGAUUGUAUCCUCAUCUUAGUAACAAAGCUCUACACAACGAGGAACGAACAGUUGUGCAGUGAAGGAUUCUCGACUCCUCGCGCAUGCAUUUCUACAUUUAUCAAUAUUAACCUGUGCCUUUUCAAGCAUCAUUUCGUCUCAUUUUUACGACGGAAAUUUAGGAUCUCGCUACUCAAAAUUGGUAUGAGGAACAAGGGAAGCUUCAAAAUUAGACGAUCCUCAUGUUCUACGUACAAGUGGAUACAUGAUCUGGCUUGUGGCGAUGGAAAUUUAUGGUGAAGCGUUACUUACGAACACUCGUUGAGAAUUUGAAGGAGAUUUAGAAAGACGUUGUUCAAUCUUAGAAGGGUCAAAUGUCGACCAGGAGUGGAGCCAAGAGGGGCUCAGACUCCAGUCCCUGCAUCUCCAACGGAAGCUCUAAAUCAAAAGUUGUGCUGAGAGGUGGGAAUGGAAUAUACAUGCACAGGGCUACUGGCUCUGGACGGCUAGGGGUAAAAUGGUGGAAGGAUUCAGGAAUUACCUGUAUUAAGCCUAAACAGAAGGAUUCUGAAGCUGGAUCCAGGUAUGGUCAUAAUUGGCAUACUAUAGCAUUCAUCAUGUGGGUGGUUUUUAUGGGUGCUGUUUCUGUGUCCGUUUAUUUCGCCAUGAGAUUCGACAUGCUUGAACGAAGAAGAGAAAAUCUUGCGAACAUGUGCGAGGGACGGGCUCGUAUGCUUGAGGAGCAAUUCAAGGCAAGUAUGAACCAUGUCAGAGCACUCACGGCUCUUCUCACUACUUUUCAUCUUGGCAAGCAGCCCUCAGCCAUCAAUCAGGAAACCUUUGCUACCUAUGCUGAAAGAACAGCAUUUGAAAGACCGUUGAUGAGUGGGGUUGCAUAUGCCGAGAGAGUCCUUCAUGCGAAUCGAAACUUGUUCGAGUCGAAACAUGGCUGGACUAUCAAGGAAAUGUUUUCUAAAGAAAAGCAGCGAGAUUUUGACGAAUACGCCCCAACUACCAUGACUCAAGAGACUCUCUCCCAUUUGACGUCUCUUGAUAUGAUGUCUGGUCAGGAAGAUCGCGAAAAUAUCAUACGAGCGCGAGAGUCGGGAAAAGGAGCUUUGACGAACCCCUUCAGGUUACUGGAGUCUAAGCAUCUUGGAGUAGUGUUUACGUUCGCUGUAUACACCACAGACCUGCCAGAAGAUGCAACAAAGGAGGACCGAAUUAAAGCAACCGCUGGUUAUCUGGGUGGAGCCUUUGACGUCGAAACGCUUGUGGAGAAUCUUCUUCGACAAAUGGCUGGUAGUCAGAUUAUUGCGGUCAACGUAUAUGACAUUACAAAUGAAACGAUGCCUCUUGUGAUGUAUGGCUACACCAACGUUGAAAAAAUGCAAAGCACAUAUGUCAGCGACUUGGACUUUGGAGACCCUGCCCGUAGGCAUGAAAUGCGGUGCAGGUUUAAAGAGGAUGCGUUGCCUCCUUGGACAGCCAUAUCCACUUCUAUAGGUAUAUUUGUAAUCGCAUUUUUGGUCGGACACAUGCUACAUGCUUCAAGGAACCGAAUCGAUAAAGUAGAAGAAAACUGUCGCAUAUUUCAGGAGCUUAAGAUGCGUGCAGAUGAUGCUGUUAUAGCGAAGUCUCAGUUCUUGGCAACUGUGUCUCACGAGAUUCGGACUCCAAUGAAUGGUGUUCUAGGAAUGCUUCAAAUGUUGAUAGACACUCCGCUGAAUCCAGCGCAAUUAGACUAUGCCCAAACUGCUUUAGCCAGUGGAAAAGCACUUAUCAACCUCAUAAAUGAGGUCCUUGAUCAGGCUAAGAUUGAAUCGGGCCGUCUAGAAUUUGAGCAUGUUCCCUUUGAUUUGCGUGCCAUCCUUGACGAUGUGCUCUCCCUCUUCCAUGGAAAAUCAAGAGCUUCGGGCAUCGAGUUAGCGGUUUACGUUUCUGCGAGGGUUCCCAAAAUUCUCGUUGGUGACCCUGGUCGUUUUCGGCAGAUCAUCACCAAUCUCGUUGGCAAUUCCAUCAAAUUCACCGAAGCUGGUCACAUUUUUGUUUGCGUUCAUUUGAAUGAAGACGUCAACAUGGUGAUGGAUGGGAGUGGAGGUGAUGCUGACGAUACUAUGGAUGGGGAAGUUGAAAGUGCCGGACCGCUGAAUGACAUGAACUACCGAUUUAACACCCUUAGUGGCAGAGAAACUGCUGAUUACCGAAACAGCUGGGAAAUGUUUGAGCGACUGCUUGCGCAAGAACAGUCACACAAUGAUACUUGGAGUUACUCCGACUCGAGCGAUGUUGUGAAUCUGGUGGUCAGUGUGGAGGAUACAGGUGUGGGUAUACCCUUACACGUACAAGACCGUGUCUUUACCCCCUUCAUGCAGGCUGACAGCUCAACAUCUAGAAAUUACGGAGGCACUGGAAUAGGACUAAGCAUCAGCCGGUGUUUAGUAGAGCUUAUGUCAGGGGAGAUGGGCUUUGUUAGUCGUCCUAAAGUGGGGUCCACAUUCACAUUCACUGUGGAAUUGCAACGUGUACCCGCCAAUAUACCCGAAAGGAUCCUUAGAGAGGGCAGGAACAGUUAUCUACAAACGCCGCCACUAACUACUUGUUUCCAAGGAAUGCGUGUACUCGUUGUGGAUGGCAGAAAAGUCCGCUGUGAAGUCACUCGCCAUCAUUUAAAGAGGCUCGGACUCCAGGUUGAGGUCGCCCACACUGUUAGUGAGGCUGCCGAGAUUCUUUCUACAGUGGCUGACCAAGGCACUUGCAGCUCAAGGGGUUCACGUGGCUCCUUGGCAGGAAAUAUCGAAAUGAUUUUCGUGGACAAGGACGCUUGGGGUCCUGGAACUGGGAUGAAUUUUAGAAGCUUGCUUGGUGAAAGUGCUAUCGGCCACUUGGGCUACCAAAGCUCGCGAACUAGUUACCAGUAUCGCACAUCAGGCAGAAUUCCCUUUGGAUACCCAGUGAUUCAAUCCAUGAAGAGGAUGGUUCUAGUUGCGACAUCAAUGACGGAUAUGGAGCUUGGGAUGGUGAAAGCCAGCGGAUUUGUGGAUACUGUUGUUAGGAAACCACUUCGAGCAAGCUUGAUAGCUGCUUGUCUCAAGCAGAUUCUUGGGGUUGGGGACAGGAGCCGAGACCAAGAGCAGGAGUUGCGGAGUGGGGUUACUUCUCUACAGACUCUUUUAUAUGGAAAACGGAUUCUCGUGGUUGAUGAUAAUCCCGUGAAUCGAAAGGUUGCAGCUGGGGCUCUGCACAAGUAUGGGGCUCAAGUUGAGUGUGUUUACAGUGGAAGAGCUGCUAUCCAGAAGUUGAAGCCUCCCCACAAUUUCGAUGCCUGUUUUAUGGACGUGCAGAUGCCAGAAAUGGAUGGUUUCGAGGCUACAGGGUUAAUAAGGAAGGCGGAGGCUGCAGCCGCAGAGAGAGGCCAAGCAGCGGGAUUGCCAACCUUUAAACGCCGACUGCAUGUGCCGAUCCUGGCAAUGACAGCUGACGUUAUUCAAGCUACCUCCGAAGAAUGUAUGCGCUGUGGCAUGGAUGGCUACGUGGCUAAGCCAUUUGACGAACAUCAGCUUUACCAAGCGGUUGCCAAGCAUUUCUUCGACGUGAACUAAUGUACAAUAUCACGCAGCUUCCACCGCGGGAAUGGUUGAGCAGGGAUAUCAAAGUGUUAUCAAGGUGUGAAAUUAAUCAAAGCGAACUUAUUACAGUGGGAGGUGUCAGAUUAGGCUUUGAAUUUAGUUCGAUGAGUUUAUUGCAUCAAGUAUACGAAUCUGGGAUUAAGACCUUGUAGAACGGCUAAAGAUUAGGUGCUGGUUCCUCUUACGUAGACCCAUGUAUGAUACAGUUCCGAAGAAAUUUGAAUUUGGUAAUGUGUGCGGCUGUCUCUGCAUGCAUGUGUAGUGAGCAGAUCAAUAUCGCACAACUUGUAAUAACUUAACCGGCAACAUUCAGCAUCAUUGCGACGCUUCUGUUUCCAAGUGAUUAUCAUUUGAAUUAAACCCGUCGUAUUGUAACGUG